AUUCUGCACAGCUUCUUCCUCAAGAAAUGCUCAUUGACCAACCAGCUAGAGAAAACUCAUCUAUAAAACCCUUCACAUAGCUACAAUAAUAAUCUGAUGAACCAUACAGAUCAAAACAGAAACACCUAAUGGAAGAGAAAGCUAAUAACCAAGUUGUGCUUUUAAGAGUUUGGUCAGGCGGCCCAUGCACAAGGGUUGAACUAGCCCUUAAACUCAAGGGUAUACCUUACAAAUACUUGGAGGAAGAUUUGACAAAUAAGAGUGAAUUGCUGCUGAAGAACAAUCCUGUGCACAAGAAGGUUCCAGUGCUCUUGCACAAUGACAAAGCAAUAGCUGAGUCACUUGUCAUCUUGGAAUACAUCGAUGAGAUUUGGAAUCAAACCCCUAAACUCUUGCCUCAUAAUCCUUAUCAAAGGGCAAAAGUUCGCUUCUGGGUCAAUUAUUUUGAUCAAAAGAUCCCUCCAGCUAUCUACCCCAUCUUUUUAUCAAGAGGAGAAGAGAGACAAAAAGCAAUUGAAAACUUGAAUGAGAUGAUUAGAGUUUUCACUGAAGGGGUGAAGCAGGAUUUUGCUGAUCAGGAAUUCCCUUAUUAUAAUGGUAAUAAGUCCUUGGGACUACUUGAUGUUGUGGUGGGAGCUCAUGCUUGCAACUACAAGGUCAUCAAUGAAGCUCUGGGAAUGGAAGUGAUUCAUCCUCACAUGAACUCAGAGUUCUUGUCAUGGAUGGAUUCCUUGAAGGACCAUCCUCAGGUGAAGGAGACACUACCUCCUCAUGACAAGCUCGUGGCCAAAUUCAUUGAGAAAUUUGGUCCUAUCAACUAAAGCUUCUUGUUCUAAUCACAGAAUUAAAUAUAAUCUGCAUACAAAUGCAUUUCUUAUGUUUCAUUUUGUGGGUUUUAAGAAUUGAAGAUGGUUUGUUGUAAAAUAAAUUAUUAUCAACUGUUUCUUUGUAUGACAAGAAAGUUGUAUAAUUGCUCCCUAUUAGUUUGUUCACGGGAUGAGGUGUCUGAUUUUAACUUGAAUGCAUAAAACUUGAUUCGAUUGCCA